GGCUGUGGCACGGCAGUCGCCGUGAUGGCCUAGGGGCUGGGCGGCUGACCGCCGGGCUAGGAGAGGGCCCAGCGCCCCGAAGCUCAGUGGCCGCUGCUCGAGCGCGGCCUGCGCCAUGGCCACCUCCACCGCCUCCUUGGAGCAUUUCGAGAAGCUGCACGAGAUCUUCCGCAGCCUCCAUGAAGACCCACAAGGGGUGCCCGAGCAGCUGCUGGGGACGGCGGGGACCGAAGAGAAGAAGAAGUUGAUCAGGGAUUUUGAUGAAAAACAACAGGAAGCAAAUGAAACGCUGGCGGAGAUGGAGGAGGAGCUACGUUAUGUACCCCUCUCUUUCUGUAACCCCAUGAUGUCUAAGCUUCGAAACUACCGGAAGGACCUUGCCAAACUCCAUUGGGAGGUGAGAAGCACACCUUUGACAGCCAUGCCUGGAGGCCGAGGAGAUAUGAAGUAUGGCAUAUAUGCUGUAGAAAAUGAGCAUAUGAAUCAGCUGCAGUCUCAAAGGGCAAUGCUUCCAGAAGGCACUGAAAGCCUGAACCGGACCAACCAAAGUAUUGAACGUUCUCAUCGGAUUGCCACAGAGACUGACCAGAUUGGCUCAGAAAUCAUAGAAGAGCUGGGGCAACAACGAGACCAGUUAGAACGCACAAAGAAUAGACUGGUAAACACAAGUGAAAACUUGAGCAGAAGUCGAAAGAUUCUCCGUUCAAUGACCAGAAAAGUGACAACCAACAAGCUGCUGCUUUACAUCAUCAUCUUACUGGAGCUCGCCAUCCUGGGAGGCCUGGUUUACUAUAAAUUCUUUCGCAGCCAUUGAACUUCCUAUAGGGAAGGGUUUGUGGACCAGACUUUGACCUUGUGAUUACAUGAUGUUAGGGAUGUCGAUAGAAUAAGCAUAUUGCUGCUGUGGGCUAACAGUUCAGGGAUGCACU